AUGGCGGCCUCCAUGCCAUACCAUGAGCCCGGGAUAACGGACAUCCUCGUCCUCUCGUCGUUCUUCCUGGUCCUAAAUGUUAUCAAUUCGGUGCUCGACAAAUGGCUUUAUUGCGGUCUGGUCGGUCAGGUCCUCAUCGGAAUCGCCUGGGGUACCCCCGGUGGAAAAUGGCUCUCGUCAGACCUGGAACACGCGAUCGUGCAGCUCGGGUAUCUAGGCUUGAUCAUGAUCGUGUUCGAAGGCGGUCUAUCGACCCCCAUCGGCACCAUGAAGGCCAACCUACUGCUGUCGGUAUGUGUGGCCCUCACAGGCAUCGCAGCGCCGAUGGCUCUGUCCUUCUUCCUGAGCCCCAUGGUCGGCGCCAGUCCCAUCCAGUGCUUCGCGGCCGGCGCAGCGCUUUGCUCCACGAGCCUUGGGACGACGUUCACGGUGCUGAGCACGAGCGGGCUGGUUUCCACCCGGCUAGGCAGCAUCCUAAGCACGGCUGCCAUGAUGGACGAUGUAGUAGGUCUGGUCAUGGUGCAGAUCGUGGCCAGCCUCGGUGGUGGUAACAUCGACAUCUCUCCCGCAACGGUGAUUCGACCUAUUUUGGUCUCCCUCGCAUUUGCGGUCGUGCUUCCUCUCGCCUGUCGGUGGAUUCUCAAGCCGUCGAUUGCGAAGAUCGAGGACCUGCAGAGAAGACAUGCAGACGGUCGGAUAGUUAAGGCUAUGAAGACACAGCAGAGCGUCUUCAUUGUACAGACUGCCCUCCUCCUGGCUCUUGUCGUUGGGGCAAGCUACGCUGGAGCUUCGGUUCUUCUUGCGGCGUAUCUCGCUGGCGUCAUCGGGGCUUGGUGGGAUGAGCGAAGUAUGCAAGUCAAGGCUAUAACUCAAAGCCAACCCGGUUUUCCCACGGCUGGCACCCAGGGAGUCCGAAUACCCUCUGCGGGAGAGUCGGUAGGGCGUGACAACCGAUCAGAAUCGCCGUCCAAGACAUCUCAGGUUGAUGCAGCCCAGCCACUGACGCCGAGUUCUAAUAUGUAUCACAAUUAUUACGCACCCGCAGUCGAACGUGUCCUAAAGCCGUUCUUCUUUGCUUCCAUUGGCUUCUCAAUACCUAUAAGCAUGAUGUUUACUGGGCCGGUUGUCUGGCGUGGUGUCAUCUAUACCAUCUUGAUGCUCGCGGGCAAGGCCAUUUGCGGAUUGUGGCUUGUCAGGUUUUCUAGUUCCUUCAAGGAUAUGGCGAAUAUACUGUGUUCUCCGGUCUUGUCAGGGGUCCGCGCAUCCAAAAACAGACUUCGAGAGAAGUGUCUGAUUCACGACUCGAAUAAGAAGAACAGCUUAGCCACAAAUUCCAGGGCGCAGGGGUCAGCAGUUCGCGACCAUCAAGGUCCUCUGGCGACCGUCUCUGCUACCAAGACGACAGAGAAGAGCCCGGCGAAGCCACUUUCACUGUAUCCUGCUGGUAUUCUAUCGUUUGCUAUGAUUGCUCGAGGAGAGAUAGGCUUUCUAAUCUCGUCCGUUGCGGAGAGCAAUGGCAUUUUCAAGAACUCAUCUUCAUCAACAGCUUCUGAUGAAGCAUCUGAGAUAUUUCUUAUAAUCACCUGGGCUAUUGUGCUGUGCACCAUCAUCGGGCCAUUCUGCGUGGGUCUCCUCGUCCGGAGAGUCAAGAGACUAGAGGCCGAGAGUGCAAAAGCCCAACCUGGUAAGGACAGGAGGGACGUUCUUGGGGUCUGGGGUGUUUCCUGA